AUGCAUAGGUUCAGACUCCGAUCAGCUUCCAAGCUUUUCCUUUCUUCUUCUUCCUCUUCCUCUUCUUCUGCAACUCCAAAGAGAUGCUUCCAUUGUUCUCUCAGUGCCAUUCCUCAUGGAUGCGAGGAGAGUGAAAUUGUAGUGGCAAGGUCUCGUGUGAGGAAGGAGAAAAGGGAGAGAAAAUCUAUUAUUUCUGGUGGAUUGCUGAAUGCUGUUGAGGAUCAACAUGGAGGUGUUAUCGUAAACAUGAACAAGCGUCUGGAUUCCAAAGUUUUUUCUUCUAUGUUACACGCUUCAAUCUCACAUUGGAGACAACAGGGAAAGAAAGGAGUAUGGAUCAAGUUGCCCAUAGAAUCAUCAAAUCUUGUUGAGGCUGCUACCAAGGCAGGAUUUAGGUAUCACCAUGCAGAACCUGAAUACCUAAUGCUUGUACGUUGGAUUCCUAAUACUCCUGACAUUCUUCCUGCAAAUGCUUCCCAUCGGGUCAGCAUUGGAGCCUUUGUUGUGAACUCCAAAAGAGAGGUGCUUGUGGUUCAAGAGAGAUGCGGCAGAUUCAGCGGAAUAGGACUAUGGAAGCUGCCCACUGGAGCUGUCAGUGAAGGUGAGGAUAUAUGUACUGCUGCAACAAGAGAAGUCAAAGAAGAAACAGGGAUAGACACAGAUUUCGUUGAGGUUCUAGCAUUCAGGCAAGGUCACAAGUCCUUCUUUCAAAAAUCAGAUUUGUUCUUUAUUUGCAUGCUGCAACCACGUUCCUUUGACAUCCAAAAGCAAGCUUCUGAAAUCGACGCAGCUCAGUGGAUGCCAAUUGAGGAGUAUGCAGCCCAACCUCUUGUGGGAGGAAAUGAACUCUUCGGUUUGAUUACAAAAGUUUGUUUAGCAAAGUUGGGUGGCACCUACAAUGGCUUCUCUUCCCAACUCACAACUUCUUGUUCUGGCAAACAGUCUUUUCUCUACUUCAAUGGCCGGAUCUAUUGAUGAACCGUGAAGCUGCUAGAGAUUCAUUUGCCAAAUAAGCUCUUUUGGACAGUUAGCCAAAAAAUUAUUAUUACAUAAGACAAAUUGUUAGUAUGUUACUAGUUGAGCAAUUAGGAUGCAUAGCUUCAAGUUUGUCAAAAACAAAGAAAAAAGAAAAAGGAUGGUGUUGCUGAUCACUUUAGAGCCAUUA